AGGUGAACCCUCAUCACGUGACGAGUGAAAUUGGGAGGCUCUUGUGUUUACAUCAAUGCACUCAGGAGCAGCUGGUGCGAACUGUCUAUGUACUAGAUAUGAAUGUUUCGCUUUCAUUUAUUUAGAAACUGGAAGUGCACUUCUUUACGCCUAGGUAAGAGGCAGUGCCCAGGAAAAGGACCGUCUUUUGGGGGGGAUUUUCAAAGAACCGUGGCAACAUACUGUAUUCCCGUUUGCAUCUAGCUAAUUGUUGCAGCCAUGGACGAGUUAGCCGUGGAGGUCCGAGGAACGAGUGGAGCAUUUUACAAGGCAUUUGUGAAGGACGUGCACGAAGGUUCUGUUACUGUGACGUUUGAGAACAAUUGGCAGCCGGAGCGACAGAUCCCCUUUCAUGAUGUUCGAUUUCCUCCACCGACUGGUUUUCAGAAAGAAAUAAAUGAAAGCGAUGAAGUUGAGGUAUGUGCUGUGUACUCCAGGGCCAAUGACAAAGAGCCUUGUGGGUGGUGGCUGGCCAAAGUUAGGAUGGUUAAGGGGGAGUUUUAUGUAAUAGAAUAUGCAGCCUGUGACGCCACCCUCAAUGAAAUUGUCACGUUGGAGAGGCUAAGACCCGUGAACCCGAACAAGCCGGCCACGAAAAACACCUUCCUCAAAGUCAGACUGGACGUGCCGGAGGACCUGCGGCAGAUGUGUGCGAAAGACUCGGCGCAUAAGGAUUUCAAGAAGGCCGUGGGGGCGUUCCACGUGACGUACGACGCGGAGAAGAAGCAGCUGGUCAUUCUGUCUGUCAACGAGGUGACGGCCAAGCGGGCGACCAUGCUGAGCGACAUGCACUUCAGGAGCCUGCGCACGAAGCUUUCCCUGAUGCUCCGCAACGAGGAGGCCAGCCGACAGCUGGAGAGCUCUCGACAGCUGGCGUCCCGGUUCCACGAGCAGUUUGUGGUUCGGGACGACCUGAUGGGGCUGGCCAUCGGUACCCACGGCGCCAACAUCCAGCAGGCCAGGAAGGUGCCCGGGGUCACCACCAUCGACCUGGACGAGGAGACCUGCACCUUCCACAUCUACGGAGAGGACCAGGAGGCAGUACGGAAGGCCAGAAGUUUCCUUGAAUUUUCGGAGGAUGUUAUCAAAGUCCCCAGGAGUUUAGUGGGGAAAGUCAUUGGUAAAAACGGAAAGCUCAUCCAGGAGGUGGUGGAUAAAUCGGGGGUUGUGCGCGUGAGGAUCGAGGCGGAGAACGACAAAAAGCCAGCGCCACAGGACGAGCAGGGCAUGGUGCCGUUCGUGUUCGUGGGAACAAAGGAGAGCAUCUCGAACGCGCGCGUGCUGCUCGACUACCACCUCAAUUACCUGAAGGAAGUGGACCAGCUGCGGAUGGAGAGGCUGCAGAUCGACGAGCAGCUCCGCCAGAUCGGGGGCGGCCCCCGGGCCUCGGCGGGGCGCCCCGAUAAAGACAAGGGGUUCAUCGCGGACGACGGCAUGGGGCCCUCUCGAGGGGGCAAGCCCUUUGGCCGAGGGGGGCGUGGCAGGCGAGGCCCCACCUUUGCGUCAGGCACCAACUCGGAGGCGUCGAACGCGUCCGAGACAGAGUCUGACCACAAGGACGAGCUGAGCGACUGGUCUCUGGCCCCCACCGACGAGGAGGGGGGCGGGGGGUACCCCAGGCGGGGGGACGGCCGGAAGCGAGGGGGGGGCCCUCGAGGCCGAGGAGGGAGGGGCAGAGGAGGAGGAGGCUACAAAGGAACUGAGGAAAUGCAGUGGAAUGAAUCCCGUUCACGCAACUCUAGGGAGACAAAACCACGGCCACAGGAGGAUUCACUGCAGAUCCGGAUCGACGGAAACAACGAGAGGAGCGUCCACACCAAGGGCCCCGGGGGCGGGGGUGGGGUCGGGGUCGGGGUUGACGGGGCCGCGGCGGGGAACGGGGCCAGCCGCCAGCGGCCCAUCAAGGAGCGCACGGUGAAGAAGGAGAAGCAGGAGAACCCGGACGGCCCCCAGGCGCUGGUGAACGGGGUGUCCUAGGCAAGGCCCCUCCGCUCACCCCCAACCCACCCCACCCCCCACACCCCCCCCCACCCCAAUCCUCAGCCAAUUGUCUCCUCUACUGUUCCAUCAAUUCAGACGCUUCACCAUUAGAGACACGUUAGGCCAAAGAGAACUGGGGCGGUAGGGCUGUCGCGAGACAUGCAGAAUAAGCACACUUUGCAGCUGUGUGGAGAGCAUUCACUUCUGUGGCAGGCAGGGAGGGCAGACGCGCUUCACUGUACCA